AUGAAAGUCGCCAUCAUUGCCGUCGGCGAUCUCGCCAGAUACUUUGUCGAAGAGCUUCUCCAACGCGGACACCAAGUUCUAGCCGUCUCCCGGAGCAGCAAGCCCUACCUCGACAAGCUAGGAGUCGCGCAGCACACCACCGACUACAGCGAAGCUGACCUCACGCAGGCACUAGCAACUUGUGACGCGGCCAUUUGCACUCUGAAAGUUGGUAUACCAGAGAACAUCCCGGUUCAUCGAGCAAUCCUCCGCGCUUGCCAAAAGUCCAGCACUUGCAAACGCUUCAUUCCGGCCACGUGGGCCGGCAAUAUUGCAGACUUUCCAGACGAGCCUCUCGACCUAGCCGACCAAAUUGAAGCGGUGCUCGAGGACCUGCGAAGCCAGAGCGACGUGAGCUGGUGCUCCGUCAGCCCAGGAUGGUACAUUGACUAUAUUGUGCCGGAGACGCAGCGAUAUAUGAGCAGCCUGGGCGACAUGUGGCCGCAGAAUUAUGCCGAAAAAGUCUUUACCUUGUACGGCGACGGCUCGCAACUGGUCAACUUCACCUCUGCCAGAGACACUGCUCGUGCCACGAUUCGACUUCUCGAGCAUGACAGACGCGAAUGGGAGGAGUUUCUGUAUAUCUCUGGCGCGCAAAUGACGUGGAAAGAGCUCGGACAGUUCAUUCAGAGCCGAGACCCGGCCUACACUUUUCGAAGCAAGUCACUCUCGCAGACCAUCAAGCAGUACAUGGCCCAAGAGAGCGAGGAAAGCUACGGCGCAGCCAUUCUGGAGCUCUGGAGCCAUGGUUCGGGAGUUCGAUUUCCGUGGAGCAGGGUUGAGCGCCAUCGCGCCAAGUUUUUCCCCGACCUGACAUUUCGCAACGCGCAGCAGAUGCUUGACGAGGCAGCGUCGGACCCGAGCAAAGUAGUUUGA